AAUCCAACGACUUGCGAUGGCAGAGCCCCUCUCCAAUGCCGCUGCCCACCAGUCAGUGCCUGAGGCCUACGUGUUCCCGGCGCACAAGAGACCGGGGAGCUCGCCGUCUCCUGGCGGGGCAGCGAUACCUGUAGUUGACCUCGGCGGCGAUGACCCUGACAGGAUUGGGAAGCAGAUCAUUGACGCGGGGAGAGAGUUCGGCCUGUUUCAGGUGAUCAACCAUGGCGUGCCGGAGCAGGUGAUGGGCGAGAUGAUGGCCAGCGCGGAGGAGUUCUUCAGGCUCCCCAGAGAGGAGAAGAUGGCGCUCUACUCCACCGACAGCAAGAAGCUUCCACGGUUCCACACCAGCCUCGGCAACGAGCAGGAGGAGCUUCUCUACUGGAGGGACUGCCUCAAGCUCGGCUGCUACCCCUUGGAGCAGUUCAGGCACCACUGGCCUCAAAACCCAGCCAGCCUCAGGGCGGCGUUGGAGGCGUACACGACGGCGGUGAGGGCGGUGGCGCUGCGCCUGCUCCGGCUGACGGCGGCGGGGCUGGGGCUCGACGAGGGCCACUUCGAGGGGGACCUCACCGCCGGGGCGGUGAUCAUGAACGUGAACCACUACACGCCGUGCCCGGACCCUACCGUGACGCUCGGCCUGGUGCCGCACUGCGACCCCAACGUCGUCACCGUCCUCACGGACAACGGCGUCCGCGGCCUGCAGACGCGUCGGCGAGGCGGCGGCGGGUGGGACGACGUCGUGCCGCUGCCUGGCGCGCUCGUCGUCAACUUCGGGCACCAGAUGGAGGUGGUCAGCAACGGCACCCUGCGCGGCGGCGAGCACCGCGUGGUGACCAACGCGCGCGCCGGGCGGACGUCGCUGGCCACGUUCCUCAUGCCAGCGAUGGACUGCGCCGUCUCGCCGGCGCCGGGGCUCGUCGCCGACGGCGAGGCGUCCCUGUACAGGCCGUACACGUACCAGGAGUUCCUGGGCGCGUACACCGCGGCAGUCGGUGACAGGGACACCGUACUGGCAUGUUUCCAGCUGAACAAGGACUGA